AUGGACUACAAUGCAAUCGCUCCAACAUUGAAUGCUCCAACUCAAACUGAAGCUGUUGCAAGAGAAACAGAGAUGGCCCAAAACAAGAUUCUCUAUUCUGCAAAGCUUGACGAGAACAUGCAAAGAUCAGCCUACUUCAAAAGGAACAAGCGAACUGUCAAAUCAAACAUCAUGCUUAAGUUUGUGACGAAAGCGAUGGACAUCAAGCUUCAAGGUGAAGCCGAUUUCACGACUACUCUUGAAAAUCCAAUUGAACUCUUGAAACGUAUUGAACGAUUCAUGAAGAAGAGUGCUGAUGCUGAGUAUGACUUCUUGGAUUUCUGGGAAGCCAAUCAAAAAAUCUUUGCUAUGAAGCAGGGAACAACAGAAAACUUGAUGCAUUUCAAGGAACGAUUCUUGAGACAGGCUGAAGUCCUGCAAGAUCUAUAUGACAAGUUCAAGGAUGAUAUCUUUGAAGCCGUUCUUGCAACAGGAUUUCUGUGCAUUUGUGAUCAAACAAGAACAGCUCCUCUGAUGCUGGAUCUUCAGGUGACCUACUGCAGGGAAGUGGAUUAUUAUCCAAAGACGGUCAGCAAAGCGCAAGAUAUGUUGAAGAUUCACAUGGAUGUGAUCAAGAAUCCGGGAGUGAACCUGUACCAAGGAAAAGACCAGCCUAAUAAAGGUAAAGGUAAAGGUAAACCGAAGGACGAUAAGAAAGAGGCAGCAUGUUAUGUAUGUGGCAGGGAGGACCAUAUGUCUCCAAAAUGCCCAGACAGACUGCUACCAGAGAUUCAAUGGAAGAAUCCGAAACACUAUGUUGAUUAUAGGAAGAAGCUCAAUCUUAAUCAGAUUGGAGCAACUGUCCCAACC